UGACCACAAUCCAUUGCGAACGACCAGACAAUCCUACUACUGCGCAUGCGCGUUCUGGUUGUUGUCAGCGGUGGUUAUGGAGAUGAGAUGGGACUACAAGCUGUCAACAUUACAGUGAUGUUCGUGUGUCCAUCAGAGGGAUGCCCAGAAAGAUAGGAUUCAUUGUGGUCAACUCUUCAAGUCAUGAAGACAACUUCAGUGCCAAGGAACUCAUGGUGCAUGCACCCACAGUCAAUGGCUGGAGAUCUAACAGGCUGUGCUCGUACCCUCAACACGUCACCCUCCAGCUGGUGGAGAGAAGUAGGGUGAGGAAACUGCAGCUGCUGGCCCACCAGUACCUGAUCCCAGCCAAGGUGGAGUUCCACAUUGGAGACACCCUCCCUGAAACCGGCACCUCAGGGUUUCCCGGGCAGCUUCGCAGACUCGGGUACGUGUCUUUGUCGGACAAUGAGAAGACAGGCUUCAAAGCUCGGGAGCUGAAGUCGGUCCAUGUAGACGCCGUCGGAACGUACCUGAGAAUAACCCUCCAUAGGAACCACACCAACCAUUACAAUCACCACAAUCAGGUUGCUUUGGUUGCCAUUAAUGUUCUGGGGGAUUCUUUGGAUGGCAAUGCUUUUAACACUAUUCCAAGCAGAGAGCAGCUGAUCGAACACUACCUCAACAGUACCCAGCUGGAAGCCGCCUUGGACACGACCUUCAUGGGUAAAUGUGAAUCCAUCUCGCCCUUGGACGACCUGGCCUUCGACAUGUACCAGGACCCCGAAGUGGCCCACAUCAUCCGUGUCCUGGACCAAAAGAAGCAGGACAUGGUCCGGCAGGAGAAAUACGAGCAGGCCAAGAAUCUGAAGCAGGCUGUUGCAGACCUGCAGAAGGUGGGGGAGCGUUUGGCUCGGUAUGAUGUGGAGAAACGGUGCGCGAUCGAAAAGGAAGACUAUGACCUGGCCAAGAAGAAGAAGGAGCUGAUGGAGGAGUACAGGAGGAGCGUCUACCAGCAGCUGGAAGUCCACAACCUGUUGGACAUGACAGUGAUCACACGGACCGCAGAUUCAUCCCCAGCCCAGGAUCCUCCCUCCCUUCUGCCUUCUCCAGGUCACCGUUCAGUCCCCACCAAGCCUCUUAUGUCCACAGACACAUUCAGGAAGGGGAAAAAAACGAACGCUCCUCAGAACCAACAGUCGGACGCAGAAGCGGUUGUGCCCAAACUAAGCAGCCAAGCUGACACACCGUGCACCCCCGCUGCUGUACCCAAGAUAGACGUUACCAGUGUGCCUUAUGAUGAGAAGCCGCUGCCAACCCUUCAGAGGAAAGACCGGCCUGUGGAGGCCAUCCCGAGCCCUGCAGAGCAGCACUCCCCCCAACCUGACGCCCAACAGACUCCAGACAGCCCAGAGAUGAGUGGAGAGCCAGAGCCCCUGACGGAAAAGGCCCAGAGAGAGGCCGGCCUUCCAAUAGAGGUCUAUGGAGAAAGCCUGGUGGCUGGUGCGUAUUCCAAAACCUGGUCCUACAGAGAGGAUGCUCUCCUGAACACGUACAAGAAGCUUUUGGAGCUGUCACCCACCACCCCCAAGGAGGAGCUGAGAAACAUGAUAAGAGCUGCAGUCUUCCUGGUCAAGAAGUCCCUGCUGGAUAAAGUGUCAUCUGUUUUCCACGCCUCCCUGAAGUUGCUGCGGCUCCUGCUGAGCAAGCUGAUCCCAGGGCUGGGCCGGGCCGAGGUGACCCACUGCAUGGAUCAGACUUGGCCCAACCUGCUGGCCAGGACUGGAGACUCAGCCAGCCGCCUCCGGGGAACAGCCACUGCCUUCAUACAGGAAAUUGCUGUUUUGAAGGAUGUACGCACCCUGCAGGUAAUCCCAAGUGAGCUGGUGAAGCCCUUGAAAUCCAACUUCCCCUCUCGUCUGGCUCGGAGUCGGGCCGAGCUGCUCGAGAAGCUACUCGCUGAUCUGGGUACAGGGAACUCUGGCUUCACCCUGGACAAUGUCAUGACGUUCUGUACAGCAGCUUUGCAGCACAAUGCAUCAGCGGUUCGAGAGCUGGCGGUGCGUCUCAUCUUAUCCAUGUACCAGCAGCACAGAGCUGCUGUUCUCCGCUACCUUCCACCCAAUGAUGCUGCUGCACGGAAGAACUUCCUCCUCAAAACCCUCUUUGAUGGCUUUGCCAAGAUUGAUGGAAAGCUGGUGGACACUCAGACUUUGAAGAAGGGAGGUGGUCCGCAGGAUGGGCAAAAGGAGAAGGAGGAGAUCCACUCUCUUCAGGAGCAGCUGGCUGCCUUGAAAGAGAUCACAGAGAGAGGGAAUGAAAGCACCAAAGGACAAAUGACCAAGAAAGAAGCUCCCAAAGUUGAUUCCCAAAAAUCCAGCAAAACAACUGUCACAAAAGUGCCGCAGAACAAGGUAACGGACAGUAUUGACGUUCAACAAUCUAUCAACGAUCUGGACAACCUGUGUAUAUUCUGCGGUAAAAAGGAUGAGUCAUUCACAGAGGAUGGAUUGGACCUUCACUACUGGAAACACUGUCCUAUGCUGAGACGCUGCGAUGAAUGCAGACAGGUAGUGGAGAUAGCCAGCCUCACCGAGCACCUACUGGGUGAAUGUGAAAGCAGGUCCAAGUUCAGCCAGUGCCCGCGCUGCUCGGAGGCCGUGGCCACUGAAGAUCUGACUCGCCACGUCCAGGGUCCCGCCUGCAACACCCCCAUCUCGGGUAAAGGCUCCAACCACUGUCCUCUGUGUCACAACAACUUCAUACCCGGAGAAAAGGCCUGGAAGGCUCACCUCAUGGGCAGGGAGGGCUGUAAACAAAACUCACGCAGGACUGCGGUGUCCCAGAGAACCCAGCCAGCACAAGGCAGGGCUGUUGGUGGAUCCAAGCUGAACCAGGCCUGGUCGGUCGGGGCCAGAGCCAGAGCUAUGGGCCGAGGCAGCCGGAUCCCGGCCCUGGCACCCCUCGCCAGAGGACACACACCGGGGAAGCACUGAGGCUGGUUCGUAGCAUCCAGGGGAGGAUCCCAACAGCAACAAACACCCCUGAAGUAACCCAAUAUUUCCUUGUUCCUGCAUAUCAGCACUUUUAGAAAAGACAUCUGACAGGUUUCACAUCUUUCUAAGAUUACCGUCUUAAUCAGCGUAUGUACAAACAUUACAGCAGGGUGUUGUAACCCCUUAUUGAGACACUAUUGAUUCCCCGUAUUAGUUUCUAGUCACACACCUGAAGGCUAGUGAACAUGUGCACACCGUGUGCUGUUGGCUGAUAAUCUCCUUACAGGUUGUCUCGGUUUUGAGGCUGUUAUUUUUCAUAUCGCUCACUGCCAUUUGGAGCCACCGUGGUGGGUAAAUAUACACCACUGAUUUGGUUUUGUACUCUCAUUGGUGACUCACAAGAGACAGAUUUAAAAAAAGAAUGGUCAAAGAUAUCCUGACAUUUAGUCCCUAAUGGCAUCCUCUCGUUAGUUUGCGAUGCAGGCUUUCUCUUAUUAACCGAGCCCAAGCUGAGAUAAACCCUGAUGACAUCACUAUGACAUCAUUAGGGUUAUUAUAUCAGACUUGACAAAGCUGGUAAACUAACACAAGCUAUCCAAUGAUACUAUAAAUGUGAACAUUUUAUUUUAAAAUUGUAAAAAUGGGCAAUUUUUCCAUUAUAAAAAUAAUUUUCGGCAUUGCAUUUAAAAUAUUUAAAUCACAAACUCUUCAGUAAAACCCAGGAUGUAAAUAAAACUAAAAUGAGCGACCACUUCCCAUGGACAACCAGUGUAGUACCAUUAAAUAUGCAAUCAAUCGCUACAUCUUACCAGGCGACGGUGACAGCAUUUGAUACUUAGAAACAUUCCUCUCCUUGUAGAAGCAGUAAUGAGAGGAGAGGAGAAACGAGGUUUAGUGACAAGACUUUCCUCCCCUGGCAACACUCCAGCAUCCUACAGCCACCUAAAACAACCUCAAUGUAGCUUCACUGUCAGCUUCACGCUUUGCCAUCUGUUUACAUUUCUCUUUUCGUGCUUUAGUCGUGAAUAAAUGAUAUUGAAAGAAUGAAGUAGCACUUUGCCAAAGGGAUGAUGAUGCUGUACUUUCAGUACAGUAUGGACUUUAUUUAUUUUCCUGCCUAAAGGAACAGUGUGUAGCAUUUAGGGGGAUCUAUUGGCAGAAAAAUGGGAUAUAAUAUUAAUGAGUAUGUUUUCUUUAGUGUAUAAUCACCUGAAAAAUAAUCCUGUUUUUGUUACCUUACGCUGGAUUUACACCAGAGCAGCUGUGAAGUGUGGCCUCCGGUGAGCUGCGAUGCAAUGUCUAUGAAAAGCUGUGGCCAAACAAAAGUUGUGAAAAGUUUCACUUUUAGCGGCGAAGUGCAGCCAGAAAGGACCCACAGCCAGACCCUGUGAAUCCUGUGACAUGUUGACCUAUGUAACAAAGAAUUUAUUCCCGCCUGAAACACAUGAACACGCCUCCCAGCUGCAGAAAAAUGAAAUUAUUGCGGCGAGCCUCACUUUGCCGCUGUCUGGUGUGAAUUUGGUGUUAGAAGGAGCCGUUUAUAUCUACAUAUGGAGCAGGUCCUCUUCAGGGGAGCCGGCCGCCGUGUUUCUACAGUAGCCCUGAACGGACAAACCGAACACUGGCUCUAAGAUGGGGCCAUUCACGUUUUCACGUCGGCCACCGUAGUUCUCCUACACGCUUGGCACGCGGGAGAAGUUUCAGUCGGUCGCAAUCUGCGACCUCAACGCUAGAUGCCGCCAAAUCCUACACACUGCACCUUUAAUGCCUACUGACAAUCUCGAGUAGAUAGCACAGUUUUAUAUUCUCUGCUAGUCCAGUGAGAGAGACAAAGUAGAUCUUUUAACUUAACAAUGGAGAUGAAUGUAAUGUACUGUAUACAGUAGAAUUUGUAUAGCACCGAUUUUUCUUCAACUUAAUUUAUGCUGAAUAUGACUGAGGCUGACCCUGAUACACACUCUUUAAGGACUCUGACAAUAAUUUGUAAGAUUUAAAGCUAUAAUUUUAUUACUUCUAUUGUUCUGCACAGUGUUAUGACGUUGUUGUUUGUAAUAUAUUUGCGAUUCAACCACAGCCAAGAAGAACUAAAACAAAAAACAUCGGUAAAACAGUCUGAGAUGUUUUUGAUAUAUAUUUGUUUAGCGAGUUGUAAUAUUAGUAAGGUAAAUUCUUUAUUAACUAAUUGUUGUGGAGAAACAACUUCAAUAUAGUUUAUAUGCAUAAGAGAAUAUAUUUGAGCUUCCCAAUCCAUCACACUGGCUUUAAUAUGCUUCUGUACUGAGGACUAUUUUUGUGUUUUUAUGUGCAUAGUAGUCAGUAUUUUCUGAAUAAUAACGAUAGCGUCAAAUGGCUAUUUUUGUCUGCAAAAAUAUCUGUAUUUGUUUAAAUAAAUGCUAAACAUUG